CGGCGCUCCCCGGUGCUCUGAAGGUUAUUUAAAAUCAUCAAGGGGUGGAAAAACAACAACAACAAAAAACUCCUUCUUUAGCUCCUCCUCUAGCUCCUCUAGCUCCUCCCUCUCCUCUAGCUCCUCCUCCUCCUGAAGUGGAAGGCGGCCGACGCACGAAUAUCUCCUCACUUGAGAAGACGGAUUUUGUGUUUUUCGGUUGUGAUUCUGUUCCCCGGUCCCGGCGCCAUGUCCCCGUUCCUGCGGAUCGGGUUCUCCCGGUUCCAGAUGGACCCGGGCCUGGAGUACCACGAGGAGGUGCUCAGCCCCUACUGCGCCGUCUACAUGAAGGAGGAGGUCGGCACAGAGAAGGGCCACGUGCACAAGCAGAAGAAGCCCACCAUGUACCCGCCCUGGAGCAGCACCUUCGACGCCCACGUGCACCGCGGCCGCGUCAUGCACGUCAUGGUGAAGGACCGCACCGCCGAGCUGAAGUCCGAGGUCACCGUGCCUCUGGACGCGCUGGCCACGCGCUGCAAGAAGGAGAACGGCAAGCUGGAGAUCUGGCUGGACCUGAAGCCUCAGGGUCGGCUGCUGAUGGAGGCCAAAUACUACCUGGAGAAAAGCGAUGCCGGGGGCGGGGCUGACGGGGAUCGGGCCGACGGGUACGGGGCCGAUGGGGACCGGGAGCCCGAGCCCGAGCGGGCCGGUCUGUCCGCUCUGCACGCGCGGCGCGGCGCCAUCAAACAGGCCAAAGUUCACGUGGUCAAACAGCACGAGUUCAGCGCCACGUUCUUCCAACCGACCUUCUGCGCCGUCUGCAAGGAGUUCGUCUGGGGUCUGAACAAGCAGGGUUACCAGUGCAGACAAUGCAAUGCGGCGAUUCACAAAAAGUGCAUCGACAAAGUGAUCGCCACGUGCACGGGGUCGGCCGUGGACAGCAAAGAGACGAUGAUCCACAAGGAGCGCUUCAAGAUCGACAUGCCGCACCGCUUCCGGGUCCACAGCUACAAGAGCCCCACGUUCUGCGAGCACUGCGGGACGCUGCUGUGGGGGCUCGCCAAGCAGGGGCUCAAAUGUGAGGAGUGCAGCAUGAACGUUCAUCACAAGUGCCAGAAGAAAGUGGCCAACCUCUGCGGCGUCAACCAGAAGCUGAUGGCCGAAGCUCUGGCCGUCAUCGAAAGCAAGCAGCAGGCCAGAAGCACCAGAGAAACCGACACGGAGAUCAUUGGUCGAGAAGGUCCGGUGGGCGUCGGCCAGCCGGGGACGGUCCGGACGCCGUCAGGGAUUGAAACGUCCGCGUCCGCCACGACGUCACCUGACAACAAAGAGCUUCAGGGUGUUUCAUGGGACGGGCCGGCUGGUGUCGGCGGGUCGAUCCCCGAGCCGCCGCCGGAGGACGAGGAGCCGCUGUACGCCGUUCCUAAAAAAGAUCGCCGGCCCAAAUUCACCGUCGACGACUUCGUCCUGCACAAGAUGCUCGGGAAGGGAAGCUUCGGAAAGGUGUUUUUAGCCGAGCUGAAGCGAAGCGGCGAGUUCUUCGCGGUGAAGGCCCUGAAGAAGGACGUGGUGCUGAUGGACGACGACGUGGAGUGCACCAUGGUGGAGAGGAGGGUCCUCUCUCUGGCCUGGGAGAACCCGUUCCUCGUGCGCCUUCACUGCAGCUUCCAGACCAAGGAGAACCUGUUCUUCGUGAUGGAGUAUCUGAACGGAGGAGACCUCAUGUUCCACAUCCAAAACUGCCACAAGUUUGACUUGCACAGAACCACCUUCUACGCGGCUGAAAUCAUCUGCGGCCUCCAGUUCCUUCACUCUAAAGGAAUUAUCUACAGGGACCUGAAGCUGGACAACGUGCUGCUGGACUCUGAGGGCCACAUCAAGAUAGCAGACUUCGGCAUGUGUAAGGAGAACAUGCCGGAAGAGUCCCGGACCACCACUUUCUGCGGGACCCCGGACUACAUCGCUCCCGAGAUCCUUCUGGGUCAGAAGUACAACCGCUCGGUGGACUGGUGGUCGUUCGGGGUACUGCUGUACGAGAUGCUCCUGGGCCAGUCCCCGUUCCACGGCCGCGACGAGGAGGAGCUGUUCCAGUCCAUCAGGACCGACAACCCCGCCUACCCCCGCUGGCUCGCCCCGGACGCCAAGGACAUCCUCAUCAAGCUGUUUGUGAGGGAGCCCGAGGAGCGGCUGGGCGUGAACGGAAACAUCCGGCGCCACAACUUCUUCAGCGGCACCGACUGGACCGCCCUGGAGCAGCGGAGGGUGGCGCCGCCCUUCAGGCCGACUCUCACUUCGCCCAGCGACUGCAGCAACUUCGACAAAGAGUUCAUCAACGAGAAGCCGCGGCUGUCGUGCGCCGACCGGGCGCUCAUCAACAGCGUGGACCAGACCAUGUUCAGGAACUUCUCCUACGUGAACCCGGCGGCCCGAGACCCGUGACUCGGAGUGUGUCCGUGGACCGUACCAUAACCACUACGGGGGUUCAGGCUCAUGUAACUGUGAUGGGAUCGUUGACGCUCAUCUUUUACGUCUCUCCCUGAAUUAUUAUGAACAAUAAUAUUUAUAAAUAUUUUCGGAAACAUUUUUUACACAUAUUUAGAAAAAAUAGCCAAACAAUCUCCCUGAAUUAUUACAAAUAUUCAUAAAUAUUGUUGUAGAAAUUGUUAAAACAUUUUUUUUUACUAAAAUAUUUAGAAAUAAAUUAAUAUUUCUGAGAAAGAAAAUACAGAAAGUUAAAUAAAUUGAUAAUGUACCGUAAAUCCGUUUAAAGGCCUGAUUUCCAAUUUAAUUUAAUUAUCUUAAUUAUUCAACCCCCUGAACUUGCCCUUGUGCUUUCUAGGAUGUGUUUAAUAGAAAAUUAACUUAUUGCUCCUCGUGAUACUUUAAGUUAAUUUCUUAACUGACCGUUAAUCACACCGGAUUAAAUGCGUUGUUUUCUCGUCUUAUUCCAAGUAUUUACCUCCACGACGUGUAAAUAAACGUGAUGUGAUGAAGUCGAUGUGCCGUAGGCCGAGUUUUGUUUACGUGUUUUCUGAUUUGUACCUCAGGAGUUUUAUUAAAGCUAAUAAAAGCAUUUAGAUCGGAGGAUCCUGUAGUUGGUGUUGUCCUCUUCUCCGUUGAAUCAUGAAUAAAAUAAAUUUCUCUUUUUGA